GCAAUGCCGCUCAGCGAGCAGACGAAAAGCCCAGCCUGCAGGCACCUCCUCCUCUUUAUUCUCUCCCAAUUCAUACUCGCCCUCUGUUUGUUUGCUUACCUCCGGCCCUCCAGGGACCCAGGCCCAGAGCCCCGGGCUGGCAAUCCCUCAGCACUCACAGCCCAGCCUGGAAACAACCCCACAGCUCCACAGGCUGGUUCGGAGCUGACCAUCCUGCUGUGGACCUGGCCCUUUGGGCACCCUGCUGCUCUGCAAAAAUGCUCCGAGCUCUUCGGCAUCCGGGACUGUCACAUCACGGCUAACCGGAGCUGGUACCACCAUGCCAAUGCUGUGAUUGUGCAUCACAGGGAUGUGUGCUCCAGCCCAAAGAAACUGCCCCAAGGCCCACGGCCCCCUUCCCAGCGCUGGAUCUGGUUCAACCUGGAGUCCCCCAGCCACAGCCCUAACCUGGGCUUUAUGGAUAACCUCUUCAACCUGACCAUGUCAUACCGGAGGGACUCUGAUAUCUUCACUCCCUACGGGUGGCUGGAGGUCCUCAGCCAGCCCCAGAACUUCAGCAUCCCAGCCAAGUCCAAGCUGGUGGCCUGGGCGGUGAGUAACUGGAACCCAGCCUCCCGCCGGGUGCAGUAUUAUGAGGAGCUGAAGAAAUACCUCCACGUGGAUAUAUACGGCAGCCAUCACAUGCCUCUGUCCCGGGACAACCACUUCUCCACCCUGUCCCAGUACAAGUUCUACCUGGCCUUUGAGAACUCGCUUCAUGAGGACUACAUCACCGAGAAACUCUGGAGCAAUGCCCUGGGCUCAGGGGCCGUGCCCGUUGUCUGCGGCCCCUCCCGAGAAAACUAUGAGCGAUUUCUGCCGCCUGAUGCCUUUAUUCACAUUAAUGACUUUCCCAAUGCUCAAGACCUGACCCAGUACCUCCAGGAGCUGGACAAGGACCCAGCGCGCUACCAGCGCUACUUCCAGUGGCGAACAUGGCUAAAACCGUCCGAGCGAAGUUCCUGGACCAUCCACUUCUGCAAAGCCUGCCGGGCCUUGCAAAUGACAGAGACCUACCAGACCAGGACCGGUUUGGCCAAGUGGUUCCGCUAGGAGUUACACACUCAGCUUGCUGGGUUUAGUACAGAUCAUUUCCGGCUGGUUCGGUUGCAAUGAGCCAGGAUUGCUACUUUGCUUUGUACGGAGAUAUGCCUGCAUUUGUUACAAGCUGGGGAGACUUUGCACCAGGAACUGGCUGUUCCGCGCACUCCCAGCCCUCUGCCCGUCCUCGGCUGACUAGCUUCCGAAAUCUGAAAUUGUGAAAUGCAGAGUAAGCCAGAGACGACAGAACAAAAAGCAGCUUCUGGGAGGGAGAGGAGGGCACCAGUUUGGGGGCGCUCUGAUUAUGGCCAGUCUAGGACAGGGGGUUUCAAACUUUUUUUUCUGGCG